AUGCCGACUAAACAAAAUGGAGUAGUUCCAAAACAAGAGCCAGAUACAGAAGAGAAUGUCCUAGUAUCAGGACCAACACAAACUACAUCUUCAGUGAAGAGGAAAAACAAUUCUACUAAUAAUAAGGCAACAACAACAAAAUCUGCCUCCAAGAAACGGAAAAAGACAACAAAUAAUGACGAUGACCAAAAUGUCCAUAAUGAUUCGAGCAAUAAUACUAAUAAUACUAACACCACAACAGGCAGAUCCAAAUCUACAUCCAAUUCUAAUGCAGGACAUCGUCCAGUAACUUCCUGCACGCAUUGUCGACAACACAAAAUCAAAUGUAAUGCAUCGGAGAAGUUCCCAGAUCCUUGUUCUCGAUGUCAGAGGAUGAAUUUGAAAUGUGAAAUCGAUCCACAAUUUCGUCCAAAGAAAGGCUCUCAAAUACAAUCCUUGAGAAACGACGUUGACGAGUUAAGGUCUAAGAUUGCCUUUUUAACCAAAAACGAAAACUUGAUUGCUCAAGUUUUGCAAAAAACUAAUAUUGAAGGAGCUGAAAUCCUGGCGAAAAACCAUGGAGAUAAUACAGAUGGAAAUGGUGAGAAUAAGAACAGCAUCAGCAAUAACAGUGGCAGAGGUAAGGAAAAUAAAAUGAUUACUCCUCCCUUGGUUGCUAAAACCCAUCUAAAGAAAGAUCCUGUUCUACUAAGCUUAGAUGGAAAAUCUAAUUCGAUUCCUCUUAUUAAUGAUUCUGCUGUGAAUAAAGAACAGUUAAAUGUGGCCUUGAAAGCAGCUGUUAGGAGUGUCAGUGAAUCACCGGCUACUUUUACUCCUUCCGAAAACAUCAAUGAUGCUUCCUUUAAUGGCAAAAGCGUCACAACUCACGUGAAUACACACGCAAUACCACAAAAUAAUAUCUCUCCAAAUACCCACAUAUCUGAAUUCGUUCUAGGAGAUGUCAAAAUAAGUAUAGAAAAGGCAAAGACCUUGCAUAAGAACUUUGUGGAUAACUUUUUACCUUAUCUACCUAUAUUGAUUUCAAAUGAUCCCAUUGAGCUAUAUCAACAAAGCCAAUUGUUAUUUUGGACAGUGAUGUUAACUUCGUGUUUGUCCGAUCCUGUUCCUUCGUUGUAUAUGUCUUUUGCAUCACUAAUAAAACAGUUGGCAAUAGAGACUUGCUGGAUCAGAACUCCUAGAUCAACCCAUAUUGUUCAAAGUCUUUUGAUUUUAAGCACAUGGCCGUUACCUAAUCAAAAAGUUUUGGAUGAUUGCUCUUACCGAUUCAUUGGGUUGGCUAAAAGCCUAUCUCUACAGUUAGGUCUACAUAGAGGUAAAUUCAUGAGUGAAUUUUCGAGAACUCAAGUUGCAUUACCAGAUGCUGAAAAAUGGAGAAGUAGAACUUGGUUGGCAGUCUUCUUUUGUGAACAGUUCUGGUCAUCAAAUUUGGGCUUACCACCAAGCCUGCAAACUGAUUUUAUACUAGAAAGUGCAAGAAUUGACCAAUCUUUACCCAAAAAUUUUCGAUGUCUGAUAUCUUUAGCAAUAUUCCAGGCUAAACUUGUAAAUAUAAUGGGGCUGAAUGUUUCGAGUCCAGACGGCUUAAUGGAACCUGCUAAUAGAGCUGCGCCAUUACAUAUAAUGGAGAGAGAAUUGGAAAGGUUAGCGUUUAAGUUACAGAUUGAUGAUUUGGUUGUUGAAUGUUAUUAUCUCUAUGUUAAACUAAUGGUCUGUUUAUUUUCAUUUUUGCCAGAGACUACAAGUGAAGAUCAAGCUAAAUAUGUCACCAUUGCAUAUAAUUCCGCCACUAGGAUAAUCACUAUAAUGUCCAAGCUCUUAGAGAAGAGACAGUUGACCGAAUAUCCGAUAUAUUUACGUCAUUCCGUCACAACUGCUGCAUUCAUUCUUUUCAGGCUACACUUAACGCCUUAUCUUUUGCCUAAAUACAUUGAUUCAGCAAGACAAUCAAUUGUUACUGUUCAUAGGCUAUUCAGGAAUAUGUUAGGUGCAUGGAAGGAUGUUGAAAAUGAUAUUUCACGAACGGCAACAGUUUUGGAAAAAUUGAACUUUGUUAUUAUAACACAUCCAGAGCUUUACGUUGAUACCCAGGGAAUAAUUGUAAGAAUGAGAUCACACUUAACUGGAUCUUUAUUUUAUGAUUUAGUAUGGAAUAUACAUGAAGCUCGUCGAAGAUCAAUUGAAGGAUCAAAAGAUCCAAAUUUGUCCAAAAGGAAGUGUAAAUCUAAGUCGGUUAAUAAGCCAUUGCCAUUGCCAUUUUAUAACCAAAUUACUAAGGACGACUUUACGGCAAUCACAACAACAACCCCUAAUGGUACUACAAUUACAAAAUUGGUCCCUACAGAUCAAGCGAUUAUAAAUGCAAAAGAAUCUGCUUUUAAGGCGGGAUUGUCCAUGCCUACUGAAAUUAAUGGUAUCCCUCUAGCAAUGCUAGAAGCCACAGGCUCGAUAUCAAGUAAGCCCUCUAAGGUCAGUUUGAAUAGAAAUGACAAUAUUAGCCCAAGAGGCAAAAAGAAUAUUCUAAAAUCUUCCUCCUCAACCAAUGUCAGUGAACAAGCGAGUCUUCAAGUUACUAAACCAACUUCUUCUGCCAAUCUGGGUAAAUGUAAAAGCAGACAAUACCCACCACCUCCACUUUUUCCUAAUGUUUCAAACGAAAAGAUUAGUCUAACAGCUGACGCUUUGGGAAUGAGGAAAACUUCUAAUUCGAUGGCAGAAGCUGAUUUUAAAAACGGAUAUCAGACAUCGAAUUUGUCUUCCAUUCCCAAUGUUUUGGAAAAAGGAUCACAGAAAAUGGGAUCGGUUGAUAUUAGUAAUCUUGAUUCUUUGUUUGACUCUCCUAAGCUGACCAACGAUCCAGAGGGUGAACCUUUGAACAAUAGAGGUGGAGUUAGAUCGAGUACCGAGACUCCAGAAGAUAUAGACCCAAUGAAUGAGAUGUUUAUUGAUUCUAUAUUUCAACAGAAUAGUAAGCCCAUUGAAGAUGACGAUUUACUUGGUUGGUUUGAUAUGAACAUGGCGCCUGAAUUUUAG